AAGGGCCCCACCCCAGAGCGUCUGCCUGGACCCUGAACGGGCGAUAGAUAUAACCAGUCCUCUUCCCCUCGAAUUAACACUCAGUUGACUUCUUCUAUCCACACCCCCCACCAUGCUUCUUCAACUUCCAGCCGAAAUACUCUGCCUCAUUUCCGCGCAGUUGGAAUAUCAACAUGAUCGCCUGCACCUGGCAAGCUCAUGCCGACGACUGUAUACCGCACUGCACCGGACUAUCUUCGUCAAAGUCAAGCUGUGCGCCGACCCCUCCAGAAUACCGGAAAUCAGCCAAGUAUCCCAGUUUCUCUAUACGAUAGUCCGAAACCCCAAACUCGCGAGCGCAGUUCAGGUGCUGGACUUGGGCUUCUGGCAGACUAAGACAACCUGUGACGAUUAUGGUUAUCCUAGCCAUGUUGAUUUUGAUCGCGAUAUCAUGGAGAGGCUAGUCCGAGAAGCAACCAGUGACAGUGACCGACAAGAGACAUGGAUCGAGGACCUCGAACGUGGGAUCACAGAUGCCUGGCUAGCCUUGAUGAUCCCUAGGCUGAACAAUUUGCGCAAAAUCAGUCUUGUCUGGAGUCUUGAUGCGGAUUAUGUUUCUGGCAUGUUGAUAGAUGCGGCCAAAUCAGAGACGCCGGUCUUUCCACAUCUCGAAGAGGCCUGGGCAGCGCACUGGGAUACGGAGAACGGGUCAGAGACUGAACUGAUGUUGCCAUUUUUCCAAUUCCCUGCGAUGCGAAAGCUAGGCGGCGACAUGCUCCAUGACGGGUGGGAGUGGACCGAGGAAGGGAAUCAACACAAUCCAUGGGGUCUUCCCGUGGAGAUUAGUUGCUCGAACAUUACCGAUAUCGAUUUGAGAAUGUCUUGUGCAAACGACGGACUGCAGACUUGGAUACGAUCCUGCAAGGCGUUGGAAACAUUCCGUCACUCUGACGGCGGGUCCGCGGUAUUAUACGAGCCAUCCAACCAGCGCAGGCUUUAUGAGGCUCUUUCAUUGCACAAGGCGACAUUGCAGGCACUUUCGAUCGAUAGUGACGUGUAUGGUAUGGAUCCCGAAGAGAAUGAGAAUUUCUUCAUGGGGUCAUUUGCAGAUUUUACGAACUUGAAGACUCUACAUGCCCCCUGCAUCGGCAUUGUGGAACAGGAUGAUUUAGGAUGGCCGACGCAAAGUCUAGUCGAUAUACUUCCACCUUCGUUGGAACUAUUAUCCCUAUUCUAUCACGAUGCGGCAUUACUGGGGUGGGUGCUCGAGCAAUAUGAGCUCCUGCUGGAUUCCAAUGUGUGUCCGAAACUUGGGACCAUUUGCAUUAGACACCACGGGUUGACCGAAACUGAGAUUGCUCGUAACGUCGAGAACUUGAAAAUUCGAUGUGAAGAUUCAGGUGUAUCUUUACGAACUUUUCGAUCUGGCUCCAUGGACGAAAUGGAAUAUUGGGACUCCGUUUGGCCUUUUGAUCACGACUUUGAUCGAUGAUGAAACUAAACAUGAUGAUUUUCUAUGGAUUAAGAAGAGCCAGACAUGCAUAUGAUGUAUUAUUUUACGAAACCUAUGGAUGUUUAUGAGAUCAUAUUGAAUUAGUUUGAUAAAAUAAAACACAUGUGGCCUUGCUCGCGCG